GGAGUCAUCGAGCUCGCGGAGCGCCACAAGGCGUCCCUCGGCGGCGGUGACCUCAAGUUGGGCCAGACGAAGCUCAAGUCCGUCUUUGCCGAGUUCCUCGUCAACGCGGGCAUCAAGUAUCUCUCGAUCGCGCCCUACAGCCACCUCAGCGACAACGACGGCCAUCACAUCUCCGCAGAGCCUCAGUUCAAGAUCAGCAAGAGCAGCGUCGUCGACGACUUGGUCGGCGCGAACCACCUGCUCUCCAAGCGCCCCGAGGUAGGCACGGUCAAGGGCACGAAGGCUGCCGAGAGCAAGCACUCCAUAAGUAUCGUCUAUUACCCUGUUGUCGGCGACUCGAAGUGUGCCGUCGAUGAGUACUACUCGGAGGUUUUCUGCAGUGGCCGCUCAACCAUCAACAUCUUCACGAGUACGAGGACCCUGCUCGCUAUGCCGCUCGUGCUGGAACUUGCCAUCCUCACCGAGCUGCUGGCGCGCGUCCAGUACCGCGGUGUCUCUGCUGGCCGAGUUGUACGAUGCGCAGGCGGUGAAGAGGGAGGAAUGGUGGAGCAAGAAGUUCAUGCCCAGUCUCGUCAAGACGAGGUACGUUUGCUGCAGCAUUCGCUAAUUGCGCAUUGCUAA